GUGGUGAAAGGUCAAAGGUGAGAGGAGGCGGUGGCGGCGGCUGUGCAGGAUGAAGCUCCAGCCCUUGGCUGACAACAUGAGGCAGCAGCUGUCCACCGUUCCGCGCCCUGGGUGUCGGUGUCCGUGACUGUGGCUGGCAGGGCGCCAUUGGCUGCGGAGGAAAAGGGAGGGGGUGAGCCCGCACUCGGGCCUGUCCGCUGUCCCUCAGAAAGUACCUGGUCAGGCCCUCGGUUGCCUGACCCUGGUGUGAAAAGGCUGAGCGGCAGCGGCUCCAGUCUCCGUCCUCGGGUCGCCAGCCUCACUCCGAGCAUUUCCCUGACCUUGUGUCGUGUCCAGUCAGUCUCCAGGCUCUGCUGGGAACCAGUCGAUCCUAGCGUUAGAAAGGUUUAUAUUGUGCCGAGAAAGAGGUAGCAUUGUUGCCUUUCAAGUGUCUCCACAUUUGAACAACUCUCAAGCCUGUGGCAAAACAUUGAUAAAGUCCCACAUAGGAGUAUGGAGACCACAACAACGCACAAUACUCCAAAUGCUCAAAAAUGCAACACAUUUGACAGGGACGAAGAACUGAAUUAUAAGCUUGUGCGGUUUAGGAGGAGGGGGCAGCUUCUGCCAACAUUGGGACUCUACGAAAGUAUGAGCAUGGAAGGACUAACUGUAGAAGAUGAUAUCUCUAUAUUGAACCAUGAAGAAGCAAGCCCUGAAAUAACAAAUCUGAAGUAUAGCCGAAGUGCAGCUCCUUCAGGUGAUGAAUCUCUUGCUUCCCACUUUGCACUUGUCACGGCAUAUGAAGACAUCAAAAAACGACUGAAGGAAACAGAGUCUGAGAAUUCUUUCUUGAAGAAAAGAGCACGGAUGCUAGAAGAGAGGCUUCUCACUGCCUCUCUUGACAAUGAGAAAAUUUCUUUAGGACAGGAAGAAGUGAAUAAAGCAUAUCAGGCUUAUCGGGAAGUCUGUAUUGAAAGAGAUAAGAUGAGACAGAGACUGGAAAGAAUGAUCAAAGAGCAGAUGGAUUCUGUGCGAAUUCUGAAUGAAACUCUGCAGGCUAAAGAAGUAGAGAUUCUUCAGCUCAGAAGCGAAGUUGAAACCCAUCAAGUGAUGGAUGAUCUGCAUAGAACCCAGAAUUCUUGGGAUUUAGCAAAAUCCAAUAACGAGCUGAAGAUGUAUACCCUGAAUCAAGAGCUGGAGAUCCUUAAACAGGAAUGCAGUUUUCUCCGAGGAGAACUACACAACUGUAAACAAAAGGAAUCCAGCCUGAAUGACCACAUGUCCAAAAGAGAGAUUCUGAACAAUGAGGAGACGGUAAGAGAAGUUGGUUUGCAGAAACCAUACCAGGAUCUGAAGAGAGAAAUGUCUAACUUACACUUGGUGACAAAGACACAAGCUGAACUUCUGCGAAAACUGUUAGCCACACAGGGCUCAACAAAGAAUGUUCAGUGUCUAGAUGACUUGGUACUUGACUGUGGGAAACUGGAGCUCAAUUCUUCUGGAGCAGUUUAUCGAGCAGCACGUUCCUCUUCAAAGGAUACUGAUGUGAAAAUUUCCAACUUUCCUCCAAGUCACCAUUUUCAGCAAGAGACAGCAGCCUUAUGUGAUCGGGAGUUCCUUGCGCCGUGGACAAAUUCAAGACCCAGUCCUGUUGGCAGUGCUGGUUUGGAGGAAAUCGGUUCUUGUGGAAAGAGCUCAUUUGAUGAUAACUCAUGGGUUUUUCCUAGCUCACCAAUGGAUAACCCAAGCAAUGCAGCAUUUUGGAAAACUGGAAACAGCUGUCCCUCUUCGACAAUGAAAAUCCCUCUUGUGAAUAUACGUGAUUCAGACUCUGCAUUCAGGAGCUGAGCUAUAUAAUAUAAUUGAGAACUUUCUGUUAAUGGAGAACGUCUGGUCACAGUUUGGCAAAUGUAAAUUUAGUUAAAAGCAAAUGGUUGGCCAGGCAAUAGUUUCCGUUGAUGCUUCUAUAAUUGGUAUCCCAUUUCAGAAAAGUAACCAUUUUUGAUAAUUGCUGAUAACCUUUAUAGAAUGUGCCAAGUGUCAGACCUGUUGCACAGUGGCUUUUUUCUUUUUCCCAACUAAUAAUCCAUCUUGUGUAAAAUUUAAAAAAAAUAGGAAUAAGCUUUUCUGUAUGCUGUCACAUGAACCUGCCCCUCGUUUUGGGCAGUGGUGCUGAAAAUGAUUUUGCAAGAAAGUCCUUGUGGCACUGGAGAACCUCGAAUCUGUAAGAAAUGCAAACCUGUUGGUCAUGUUAGCUAAAUUCUGUUUAACAUUAUGAAAACCAAUGAUAAAUUCUGUUUGAAAAUAAUGUUUUAUUCUGUGGUGAAAGAUAUUUUACUUGCACUGAUAUUGCACCUCUAAAAGUGCCUCCGUAUUUAAUGGAAUAUGCUUGGUUUUUCAUCCAGAAGUUUCUCUUUACUCCACUGCCAUUCUUGCUCAAAAGAAAACACACAUUUGCUUUAAAGUUCAAAUAAGAUUUUAAAAAUAAAACUGCAGUUUUGUCAGUGCGUACGUAAGCAAUAUAAUGCUCUCAUGUAGCCUGUUGUGCUUGUCAGUGCAGUCUAGCAAUGGACAGAACUUAUAAAAGGCUGAACUCUAAUUGUUGCUCAGUUUUCUUAAAGCUGUGAAAUGUCAAUAUUUUCUCUUGAAAUAUGUUAAUACUUGCCAAGUUAAAGGUUUUGACAAUAAAUGGAAAGUUUAGAUAGCCAGUGGAUUAAGAGAAGUGAAUUUGAAUUCCAAUAUUAGUUGGUUUUCAUUCUCUAGUGGUGAGUUUAUUAACUUUAGCAAGUUUCCAAACAGGGCAGAGAGAUCCAUCAGGAAGAGGACUAGCAUUAAUCGUGACCCAUGUUACCAACCAUGUUACAAAGGAAAAUUUGUGGUUGGCUGUGGAAGUGGAAACAUUAAAUGGAAAUAUUUAAAAUCAUUCUGUUUCAGUACUAUCAGAAAUCUGCAUUUAGGGAAAUAGUGAUAGAGUUGUAUUCAAUUUCUAGAUAUUUCUGGGUGGGAAUGAUUGCCAUUUCAGAGUAUCACAGCAAGCGUUUCUGAAUAUUUAGGUGCUGUAUCAGCUCUUUAAUCAGUUCAGAAUUUUAAGUGAUUUGUUGCAAAGAAAUGUGAUUUUGCAAUUUUAAGUUGUUCUGUGACACUUAUUUGCAAUAAGUGUCAAUUUAGCACUUAACAAUAGGUUAUGUCCAAUUUCAUCUAUUUAUAACAAUAUAAGCAAAGCAUAAAUUGGGUUUUAAAUUAUGGUCCAAAUUUUUUUGUCAAAUAAUAUAGCCCUUACAGAUCACUUGUGUACAUAUUGUCAUUGAUUUUUUUCAACAAUGAAACAAUUAUAUGUGAUGCAAUGUAUUUACUGAAUAAAUUAAUGAUGACUAAACUUUA